UCAGACACACAUGACGACGUAAAGUACUAAAAAUUUCUUUUUUUUCAGCAUAUUAGUUUUCCUGUAAAAAUAAGCAUAAUGACAAAAGAAAAAUAGGAAAAAUUCUAUGAGGAUAGUGGUGGUUGUUAUUUAGAACAGCACUAUAUAAAUAUAGUGAUUUCGACUCAGUUGAAUUUUUUGUUUCUACUUUAGUAAUAAACAAAGAUAUGGGUAAUGAAAUAUUUCACAAAUGGAUGACAAAAAAUAGAAGGGAAUCUUCUUUUUUUCGUGGGAUUGCUGGUGAUAGAACUACAAAAACAGGUAUGAAAUUUUAUUUUUAUGUUGACCGAACUAAAAAGGCCUUGCUACUACUGAAUUUUGAGAUACCGAUGCUUGAAAAUAUACCGAGAUGAAAAAUUUUUUAAAUAAUUUAAUAGAAACACAUCUAAUAUGCUGUUUAACUUAUAGAAUACCUCGUGUCAAGGCUUUGCUAGUGAGUUGUGAUACUUCUCGACAAUUUUUAGUUGCCACCAGUCGUUUGAAGAGGAUGCUCUUCGAAAAAUGUUUUUUUCCUUACUGAACGGCUCGAUAGAUCUUGAGAUACUGCGUUUUUUACGUAUAGACGUAUUGCAAGAGUUUUUCGCUCUUUUAUUUUCACACAUCUUGGCUAAACAUAACGUACACAUAUGUGAAAUAACAAAAAGAACAUAAUUCGACUAAUGGAAACGAUAACUAAUGAAGAAUUGUUAAGGGCAGAGGAUCUUCCAACACUAACUACACUAGAUGAACGGGGUGGGAGGAAAAUUGCGAUGUUUGUGUUGACAUGGGAUGGAGUCCCGUCAAGAGAAAAGCAGGCUUGUGCGACAAUUUGAAAUCUGUCGGGUUGAUUAGGGGUGGUACUUUCUGGUUUCUUUCCCAAAGAAAGACAAGUAAAAACUGACUUUCAUUUCUUUUGGAAAAGGAAAGUUUUUACUUUCUUACUGUUCUUUACCAAAAGAAGGAAAGUAUGAUAUAACUUUCUUUUGUGUUUUUCUUUAUGCAGAAAGCACUUCAAAGCAACCAGGCUCAUGUUCAUGAUCAGCGUCGAAAACUGAAUCGAGGAGUGAUGCGUUUCGCGAAAACUUUCCGAAAGUAUUUUUUUCCGGCAAAACACAUGACUCGGUUCAGUUUUCCAUGCUGAUCAUGAACAUGAGCCUGGUUUUGCUUUGAAGUGCUUUCUGCAUAAAGAAAAACACAAAAGAAAAUUAUAUCAUACUUUCCUUUUCUUUCCUUCUUUUGGGAAGAACAGUAAGAAAGUAAAAACUUUCCUUUUCCAAAAGAAACGAAAGUCAGUUUUUACUUGUUUUUCUUUGGGAAAGAAACCAGAAAGUGCCACCACUAGGGUUGAUGAUUAACAUACCCGAUGAUAAACCAAGCGUCGAAUGAGGCCCUCAAAAACUGGCGUCGACAUUUGAGUAUGGACAAGUGAAAUACGUCGAAUUAUGUUGUUUUGUUAAUUCAUCGAAAUGGGCAACUGGUCAAACAUGACUCUGUCGUACACGUGUUAAAUGAUCAUUUUCAUCUGCCGGUUAAAGGAAACAUCGAGGGAUUAGAUAGGAUUCGUGAUUUUUUUGAGGAUUUCGAGCCAUAAAAUUUGCUUGGUGCAGAUAAGAUGUGAACACGUGUGUAUAACACACAAGAAAAGAAACAGUCUCGUUGAUGAGCGAUAACUUGUGUGGUCAUCAAACGAUUUUUUUACAUGAAAAGUAAAAAAAUCGGUGCCACAUUAGUUUUGCUUAUCCAGACAAUGAAUUGGCCAUAUCUCAACAAUGAUGGUCGGUGGGCCUGAACUAUUUUGAGGUUUUUGCAAGUCUCAUCGAGGUCUACUUGUGGCCAAAAGUGAGGAGACAGUUGGAAUCUUCCUUUGUGAAAGUCCAAAAAUAGUGCUCAAAAAUUCUACUCUCAGCUAAGAUCUCAUUAUUUGUGAGUUUCUAUUUAGGUUCAUUUAAUCAAACAAAAUUCGAACAACUGCCUAAUGAAAUAAUAGUUGAAACAUUCGACUAUUUAGAAGGUACAGAUUUGUUAUUUGCAUUUCAUAAUAUUAAUUAUCGUAUCAAUAAACUUUUACAAUCAUACUAUCGUUAUCGUUUCAAUUUUCAACAUAUAAAAAAAUCAAAGUUUGAUCAUAUUUUACAACAACAAAAACAACAACAAAUAAAAUCAGAACAAAUACAAUCAUUAACUUUAGUUGAAGGUGACGAUACUUGUGGACAACUUACAUUACUUUUAUCGUUAUCAUUAAUUAAAUAUUACUAUGAACAUCUUCAAUCAUUAUCGUUAUAUUAUAUGAAUAAUGAUCAAAUAGCAUUUAUAUUAUCAAAUUUAUAUUUAUUUCAAAAAUUAACUCAUCUCAACGUUCAUACACCACCAGGUUCAGUAAAUGGUACUGAAGAAUGGCUAGUUGAACCUCACAUUAUAUCAAGUAAUAUUACUUAUAAAUAUAAUCAAUUGAAAUUACAAAUCUUAACAACAUCGUUUUCGACAUCAUCAACGAUUGAAUAUUUAACGAUCGAUCAUUACGAUAUUCAUCAAUUAGAACAGUUAUUUUCUAAAUUACCAAAAUUAAAAUAUUUUUCUUGUCGUUAUUUACAUUUAACAGAGUCAAAUUCACAAAUCCAAUUUAAUCAACAAUUUAGAAAUAUUCUUCAUUUAAAAAUACAAUUAAAACCUAAUAUUAAAUUUGAUCAUAUUCAAUUAGUAUUAAAAAAUUUACCACAGUUAAAAUGUUUAGAAUUAAUUGCAUAUGAAAAUGAAAGAGAACAAUUUAUUGAUGCUUGUCAAUGGGAAAUAUUAAUAAACACAUAUUUAAAACAAUUAAAAAAAUUUAAAUUUCUAUUUUUUAUUUAUCGAACACGAAAAUUAAAUCAUGAAAUAUUAAAACCAUUUACAAAUGAUUUUUGGUUAUAUGAAAAAAAAUGGUUUGUUGUCUGUGAUUAUCAUAUAUAUAAUAAAUAUACAUUUCUUUAUACUACACCAUAUAUAAAUACUCAAUUUGAUUUAAUACCAUCCGAAACAUUUGAAACAAAUUCUACACUACCAUUAUCGUGUUUAUCGAAUAUUUAUAUUAAUGUUAACAAAUUAAAAGUCAGUUUCCAUACACCAAUACCAUCGAAUCGUUAUUAUUCUAAUGUAAAAUCAUUAACAUUAGGCCAUAUAGAAAACAACCAAACAACUUAUGAUGAAUUAAACAACUUUGUUCAGUUAUCAAUAAUAAAUCAUGCACAAAUUGAAUAUGACAUAAGUGUAGAUUUAUUUUCAAAUAUAAUUAUAAAUGGACACAAUUUAUGUUCGCUAAAAAUAUCUUACCAUCGUUUAUCUCAAUUGACAAAUAAUUUUACAAAUAAAACAUUAUGCUCACAUUUAAACGAAAAAAUAAAGAAACUGAAUCUCACACGAACACAUUAUACACUGUCAAUAAAUCAUAUUAAAAAUUUAUGCUUUCUAUUUUCUAACUUAGAACAACUAAUAUUUCGUAUUAAAUUCAAACAUGAUCUGCCAUUUAUAUUGGAAGAAUUAAAACAUUUAUUUUAUAUACGAAUUCAAUGUUAUGGGAUAAUAGAGCAAGAUAUCGACGAUAUUCGACAAUGGUUAUCAGAAACAAACAAGAACUUUUUUUGUACGACAACGGAUUACAUUAAUAUAAAUAUUUGGAUAAAUUAG